AUGGAUAAUAUACACGGCAGGCCUGGCUCAAACUUGAAGGCUGGCCUCGUUGGGCUCCCCAAUGUGGGGAAGUCGUCGUUCUUCAAUGUCCUGUGCUCGAUGGAGGUCCCAGCGGAGAACUAUCCGUUCUGUACGAUAGAUCCUUCAGUCAGCAGGGUUGAGAUACCCGACGAGAGGUUCGACUGGUUGUGUGAGCAUUUCAAGCCGCAAUCCCGCGUCAGACAGUUCUUGCAGAUAACGGACAUUGCUGGGCUUGUGAAGGGAGCGGCGGAGGGGCAAGGGUUGGGAAACGCUUUCUUGUCGCACAUUCAGGCUGUCGAUUGCAUAUUCCAUGUUGUCAGAGCUUUCGAUGACACGGAGAUUGCGCAUGUGGAAGACAGUGUAGACCCUGUUCGUGACCUGGACAUCAUCUCCAAGGAGCUGAUCCAGAAGGACUGUGAGUGGUGCGAUCGGAGGCUGGACACUGCUCAGAAGAAGGCAAAGUUGGUGAAGGGAGAACAAAAAGAGCUGCAGAUGCUCAUGAAAGUAAAAGAGCAUCUUUCUCAAGGAAAGAACAUCCGAGACGGCGACUGGUCUCCAGCAGAAGUCGAGCUGCUCAACACGAUGCAGCUCUUGACCGCGAAGAGAAGCAUCGUGCUGAUCAAUCUGAGCGAGCAAGACUACGUAAAGAAGAAGAACAAAUGGAUCCCCAAGAUCAAGACGUGGGUGGAUGAGCAUGCGCCUUCCGAUACGAUCAUCCCUGUCAGUUGCGUGCUGGAGAAGAAACUUGUGUCAAUGGAUGAGGCGGAGAGGAAGACUUUCUGUGAGAGCAACAGCGUGCAGAGUUGUCUUACCAAGGUGAUCCAUGCGGGGAAGGCAGCGCUCAACAUGCAAUGUUUCUUCACUGCGGGAGCAGACGAAGUGAAGGCCUGGGGGAUUCAGGUCGGGACGAAAGCUCCUCAAGCGGCCGGUUGCAUUCACAGCGACUUUGAGAGAGGCUUCAUCAUGGCGGAGACGAUGGCGUUCGAAGAUCUCAAAAGUGCGGGAAGUGUGAACAACGUGAAGACGGCAGGGAAGUACAAAAUGAACGGCAAAGAUUAUGUGGUACAGGAUGGCGACAUCAUCAAUUUCAAGGUUUGA